AGGGGAGUAUAUUUUUAAUAUAUCUGCUUUUCACUACUCCAAUAUGUAAUGAAAUCAAAGUCAAUGCUGAUCGCAAAUGUCCAGAAUGUUGGUUAUUGGUCACUAAAAGCAGUAUACGAUAAUACGAUCGAAAUAAGCAUUUAUAUUACAUAAUUGAUGAAUCAGAUAAUUCCAUUGUAACUAAAAACUGAUUUCGAACCAGGUGUACAUUUAAUACAGUUUUUAUUUGAUAUGUUGCUACCUAUGUAGCCAGUGUCAGCUAAUAUAGUAUACCCAGUGUUUGUGACUGCUAGCCUUUAAAUGCAGUCAGGUGUAUUGUUUUCAUGUAGGUUGUAUGGUUGUUUUUAUUAUAAUUAUAUUUGAUAUACCUCGCUUUAUGCAGCCAGUCGGCUGCAUACAGGUCUGAUUUGUAAUGUGAAUGUGAUUGGGCUCUCUUUUUUGUUUUAACAUACCCCCACUGUCUGCGAGCCAUUAGGCUUUAUCGCGGUCACAUUUUGGUGAAUUGUGGUGGGUUUUUAAGGUUUAUUACCACUGUCUGCGAGCCAUUUGCCUUAAACGCGGUCACAUUAUUUGUGUGAAUUGUGGUUGUUUGUAUUUGUCAUACCUCCCACUGUCUGCGAGCCUGUGGGCUUUAACGCGGUCACAUUUGAUUGAGCGUGCCUGUCACGUUUAAUUGAAUGUGAAUUGUGGACGUUUUAUUUAACUAAUUUGUGUGUAGUAUAUCCCACUGUCUGCGAGCCAGUAGGCUUUAACGCGGUCACAUUUGGUUGAGUGUGCUUGUCGCAUUUUAUUGAAUGUGAAUUGUGGAUGGAUUUAUUGAGCUAAUUUGUGUAGUAUAUUCCACUGUCUGCGAGCCUGUAGGCUUUAGCGCGGUCACAUUUGGUUAAAUGUGCGUGUCACAUUUGAUUGGAUGUGAAUUGUGGAUGGAUUUAUUUUAACACAUUUAGGUGCACUGUAACUUACUUGUUUAUACAUCAAUUCCAUGGUAUGAUAUUAUUAUGGCUUAACUUUGCUAUAUAAAUUUAAGUCAUUGCGAGAUAAAUCAUGUCAAGAGUGUAGUUCAGGGAUAUUCAGUUUUAAAAAGGGCGAACUUGCUAACGUUUGCUUCGAACUCAUUUCAGCUCCAACAUGCCUCCGAAGAAACGGAAGAACAGCGAUGUUCCACCGACAAUGACCAAGAAAAGGGCGAAAACAACGGCCUCACAUACCGCCACAACCAGUGUAAACACGAAUGACCCUGCCAUUUUGGCAAUAACUGAAAAUACCCGAAAUAGGGCAGCAAGAAGACCGGUUUUAGACACGCCUGGACUGUCCGGGAACCAAUCCCAGGCUGUAAAUGAGGGCGAUUCUCAUUUAACAAGCCAAAUCAUCGGCAACCAAUCCCAGCCUGGUGUCGAUGUACACACACAAAUGACAAGACAGAUAGUGGACAAUAUUUCCAGUACACUGGAGAGCUUAGUGGAGCGGAAAAUCUCUGAAAUUUUGGGAAAAAACAUGCCCCAGACAUCCACUCCAAUGACUGAUCAAGAACAGCAUCUGAAUGAUCGUGGGAUUCAAUCAAUCCAACAUGAGGGACACUGGAACAAUCUUCCAAACUACAACAUUGUGCAAACAGAACAUAGCACUUUCACAGAUUCAACGGUUCAAAGCGUUAGCGCCCUUCUGCAACCCACACCCUACAGUCAUAGCUCCACAUCUCAAGCCAGAGGUAUUGUGCAAGGGUUUGAACAUUUGCUAAAUGCUUCUCUUGCACCUUCAACUCUGGAGACAUACAAGCGCGGUUGGCGGCUAUUUCAUGAGUUUUGUCAAGUUUUUUCCAUUUCUACUAUCUCUUUGCCCCUUUCUGUCACGACUCUAGCCCUGUUUGUGGCUUUCCUUCACCAAAAACCUAUGUCCGUGAAAUCCAUUACCACUUACCUUUCAGGCAUAAGCUAUGCACAUAAGCUGCAAAACGUGACAGACCCCACUUGUCAUUUCCUGAUAUCGUCCUUAAUUAAAGGUGCGCAACGCUUGUCACCAUCUUACGACUUGCGCUUACCUAUCACUAUUGAUCUUUUAGAUAAAUUAAUAUUUGCUCUAAAGCAUACUUGCGAAACUCACUACCAUGAAAAACUAUUUGCUGCCAUGUUUCUAUUUGCAUUUCAUGCUUUUGCUCGUUGCAGCGAGAUUGCAAGCUGCAAGCCAUCUACAAAGUCUUUCAUUUUACAGUUAGCGGACAUUCAGUUUGAUUCCAUUACAGCACCUUCUUCAGUAUCAGUUACUUACCACAGGUUUAAGCAUAAUAAUGGCAAACCACACACAAUCAACUUUUCACAUGGCCAUACAAAACAAUCUGCAGUUCAUGCCCUGAAGGACUACAUAUCAGUUCGUGGUCAAUAUCCGGGGCCUAUUUUUACUUUAACUUCUGGUUUACCUGUCCCUAGGAGAAUUUUUGAUAAACAGCUAUCUUCGUGUUUAAGAUUUUGUGGCUUGGACAGCAAACGGUACAAAUCACACAGCUUUCGUAUAGGUAAAGCUACUGACUGUGCUCAAAGAGGGUACUCAGAUGCUAAGAUAAGACAUUUAGGUCGUUGGCAUAGUAACGCUUUCCAGAAGUACAUCAGAAUUACAGAUAAUUGACCAGUCUUAUCCCGCAGACAAAGAGCAUUGCAUAAUAUACCUUGAUGAUAACAGCACUCUCUAUCAAGCAACCUGCUUGGGCUGGUUGCUUUGAACAGACGUGCCAUCUGACAUUAAUUAAAACCUUAACAAUUGAGAUUAGCCUUGUCCUGGUACAAAAAUCCCAGAUUUACCAGUUACCUGUAUAUAUGUAUAUAUAUAUCAUGUACCAUUUUUACUUGUGGCAUUUCUAUAACUUUGUUGUGUUUUUUCCAAUAUGAAUGUCAUUGUAUGUGUUAAGUACUGUGAAAGAUACUCACUCUUUGUAUCGGAAACAUUUUCGUUGCCUGCUUGGGCUGUCAACGACAAAAAUUUUCCAACUGCUAUUUUUCUUCACGCGCUAUAUGUUUGCCAAUACUUCGUAAUUACAAUCUAUUCGAUACCUGCCUGGGCUGGCUAUCGAAAAACAACUAAGUCGUAUAUUUUUUCACAUUCUAGAUGUUUUCAACUACAUUGUAUCGAAUUGAGCAAACAAUUCAUUGUAUAUACAUUUUGUUGAUUCCAUCAUUUUCAUUUAAUGCGCCACUGUAAUGUAGCGUCCUAUGUUUGUUUGUUUGCUUGUAUCACAGUUUCUACUUUAUCAAGCCAAUGUGUACUGAUAAUUACACAUAUAUAUGGUUAGUGUAGAUUUUGUUAAUUUAUUGCCGUUACUGACAUUAUUUACUUUGUCUUGCUUUAAAUAGUCUUUGAUGCAUUUCCACGUUACAUGUUUUAUUCUAGUCAGAUUAUUUUGUGAUUCUGUUGAAAAAUGUGUUAUUUCUUACAUACUUGUUAUACUUGAGCCAUUCAGUUCCCAUUUUGUUCACAAGAUGCCAAAGUAUGAGUUUAUUAUCGUAUUCCUACAUGUAAGUCGUGCCAGACAGGUGGGACCUCUCCAUUACCGUUUUAAAAUGUGGGGGAAGAUAGCAAGCUAUCUUUUUGGCCAUUUUCUAAAGAAACCUCCACAUUUUACCAAAUUACAUUAUUGUUUGAUCUCCUUUUGUCAUACGUUAUUUAUAUUGGUGUAUAUAUUGUUAUUUGUUUUGGAACUUUUGUUACAUAUUAAAAACGGUCAGUCAAUGACCAUUUAACCACAGCGUAUGUUUUGUGUGUUACUUCCACCCAGUUGCAUAAAGACAAACUAUACGAAAUACCGUAUCAGUGUUUUUUAUGCGUUGGGUGAAAGGAACGGCAAUCAGAUAGACUGUAGCCUUUCUACAGAACAAUCGGAUACGCUCGGCUAUUUUCCCUGUAAACAAGGUUAGAACCGGAUCAAACCAGUUCAUUGUUAGUGUUCUAGAAGGCAAGCGGCUAAACAAAGGAACAAUGGAAAAAAUUCGUUUUACCCACCACCUCCCCAAUCUCCUCACAAAGCGGCACAUGCAUGCAGGAAAUAAAUUGUUUUAUUUUAACGAGUAUAUUUUGCAACAACUUUUUGUAUGUUGGGCUUCUAAUUGACUGCAUUGUCAAAAGAAGCCUUACAGAGCACGCCAUUGAGGUCUUUUCUAAAGAAAUCCAUGUACUUUACAUAUCUAAUGAAUGCCAUUUUCUAAAGAAACCUCCACAUUUUACCAAAUUACAUUAUUGUUUGAUCUCCUUUUGUCAUACGUUAUUUAUAUUGGUGUAUAUAUUGUUAUUUGUUUUGGAACUUUUGUUACAUAUUAAAAACGGUCAGUCAAUGACCAUUUAACCACA